AUGGGCUUGACAUCAAAAAAAAUUGUUGACUUCAAAGACGCGACCUCUUUUCUCAAAGCCCUAGGUGACAUUGAUCCUUCAGUUCGCCUGUCUGAGUCCAUAGAAAGCCCUGAAGAGUUUUGUCAGGACGUUGCUGCAAAAUCUGACAACAUUUUCACCAGAUACGAAACCUUGAAUACGAUAUUGCAGCGACACGAGGCCACUAUCCGCAAGCGAUGGCUCAAAAAGACACACAAACAGAGACUCAAGAUUCUGCUUCAUGCUUGGCCGGAUAUGCCAACUAUGCACCGUCCUGAUUUCUACGAAUAUCGAAAGGGCUCAUCACCUGACUUGGACCGACGCGGAGCUACAGCUCGUCGAGCUUGUUUCAUGUGGCCAUACAUAAAUCAAGCAGAUCUUCUGAACAAAAACAUACUACCUUUGUUCUUAAAUGCCCGAGGUCGACAUCCAUCCUCAUACUUCGCCGCAGCAGAUAACAGAGCCAUGCGACUAGACUUUAUCACCGGCGAAUUCACCUCCUUUACAUUAUGCCAGAAUAUCAUGAUUCUCAACGGCAUGACUGAUAAUACCAGGGAAUAUGGGAAGUUAAUGGCGUGGGGCGAUAACCCUACCGUUUUCAACUGGAUGAAGGAACGCAAGCAAUUUAUGCCGGGCGAGGGGAUGCUAGUCCUGGAAGCACAGGAGCGAGCACUUGCCUUCCUUGUUGAAUGCUGUGAGCAAAUUCUGCAUGAUAUCCCCAAGUCUGGCCUGACCGGUAGCACCUUCCCUGUCCUACCUGAACCACCGCUUAAGCCUGGAAGCAAGAUCACCGGCUUCGAAUCUCUAAGUGUUAUGACAGCCGACGCCCCAUACCGUAUUCCAUUGGACCUUAACCUUGACCUCAUUGAGUCUCUACUGGCCGCCAGAGCAUCUGCUGCAGAAGAUCACCUACGGGCUUUGCGCGAAGACCCUGGUUACUUUGCCGCGUCCCUUCUUGAUACCGAGGAUCGCCGCCCAGAGAUAAUGAAAGACACCGUGGGGAAUGACCACCCGGUAUACAGCAGCGGUGGACGUGAGAUUCUAUGGGGACGCAUCAUCAGAUUUAUGAUUUCGAACGCAUACCUGGAGUUUCAGUCAUUUUCUGAACUCAGCCAUCAAGCCAAGAGCUUAGCUUUCUUGCAAAAGACCUACAUUGAUGAUAUCUCGCCUUCAAAGGAAUUACCAUUGGAUUACCUUGCAGCCUUACUGCGGUUUAAGUUCUUUGUGAACCAGAUGGCAAAGGGUCCAUUAGACAUACUUAUGAUGUCUGCCCUGCCCUCACCACCCAUUAAAGCUGUUUGUUCGAGGGACGCCCCUGACUCCGAAGCAUCGGAAAUUAACAUCGUAAUGAAGCAUGGGGUCGAGUUGAAAGCGAAUGACCAUUUUUUGCUCUGGUUACUUCGUCAGUUGUGGGAGGAUAGCAACUUCUUGUUUGAAGUCAGCUUACCCAUUGUGGUUGAUGAGCUAAAUCGGCUAAUCCAGUCAGAUCCUCAAGCCCGAGACCUUAUGUCCCCCUACAUCACCAAAGAAGUGAGAGAUCUCUCUAUCAUCUCUCAGUGCUUGAAUCAGUUAGAGCUCUACCAGCCAUGGGCCCGGAGAUUUGAAGGUCAGCUUGCGGAACGUGAAGAAACUCUCAAGAAGGCAUAUACGGAGUGUACCACUCCCUGGGCCCAAGUCAUGGCUGCCAUAAAGGAGGAAGCCAUGAAACCUGAAGUUGUGAAGCUCGGUGAACCUUCCAAGGGCAAAUUCACAUAUCCCAUUAAGAAAUGUCGCACCAGAGAAAAUGUGGAGGUACUUCGCAGGUCCGAGGCAAAUCUGGAUGCUUUUUGGGCUCUGCUUGAUCAGCUCGUGAUCAAAAGGGCCGGCAAAGUAUGUCCUACAGCUCUCACUCACUUUAUCUUCAAGCCUCACAUGCUACAGCGCACUCCAGAGUGGGUAGAGACAGAGAAGCUACCAUUCCGGAAUUCCGGACAGAAGGAAGCCAGUGAUGAUGCUGACCUGUACUUCCCUCACCAACCAGUCUCUCUCACCAACAACAACCUCUCAGGAAAAGCCCUCGACAUACCCCUACCGAAAACCAAGGUAAAAACACGCGGAAUAUCAUCCACACUCAAAGAACCGGUCUCCGCAGAUGAGGCGGAUGAGGCGGAUGAGGCGGUACUCCAACCUAACUCUCAAGAUCUCCAGCCCUCAUUUAUCGUAGACACUUGGGCCUUUAAAGUCUUCAGUACCAUCUUCAACAAAAAACGAAAUCGGCACCUGUGGAACUCCACUGGAAUGACUUCCUUCACGCCAUGA